GUCGCUCACUCGCAGCCGCGCAGCUGCAGCUCCUCGCGUGAGCCCUGGACAAGAGGGUUAUUCUUACUGCCAGCAAUGUUUCCUCUGCUCCUGAAAGAGUCAAAACUCCGAUGUGAAAAGCCUUGUUUGUUGAUUAAAUUUGCAGUAUGCAGGGGAGAAGCCUUGUGUCUGUAAAAUGGGUGUGCCCAAGGGGCAGAGACCCUGUUUCCAAACGUCAGGGGAUGGACAGCGGCUGCAGUUACCUGACAGCAUUUCCAUCUGCUGAGGUCGGCUCGAGAGGAGAAUUUCUGCAUUCACGUCUGAUACAACCAGUUGGGCCCAUGUUUUCUGUGGAUCUCUCAUUCCGGUGACGUCUCUAUCCAAGGACCUGGUGACCUUAGACUUAAAAACAUCAUCACAGGCAAGUGUGAAAACCAGAUUUUUUGGUAAACACCUCAUCCUUCCACAGUGGCCCAGCAGCUUCUUUAUUAACCUGAGCUCCUGGAGAAACACUGCUGUGAAAGGCCCAAACAUGAAAAAGACAUCUUCCUUCAGUGUGUCCUGAAACCCAGAACCUUGCUGUUCUGAAGGAGGUCCCUUAUUUCUGCAUUUCUGUUCUUUUUUCCUGAGCUAGGCACUACAUUUAGGGCACUUUUUCUACUUCUACCACAGGUCAGUGGUAACUAUCAGAAUAUGGGAAUUAACAUGUCUGCUUUCAUGAUUCAGCCCGUGUACGACUAUACGGCGAUAAACUAUCCAAAAAUGUGAUCUUUGCUGUUAUGUCAGGAAAGCAUUUAAUGAAGGACAGCAGUUUCUCUGGGUUUCUCUGUCACAGUCUUCAUGAAAACACUUUGGUGUCGUUUUCCUCGGGGCGUGGGAGCCCGUACCUGAGGUUGGUGCCUGGCAAUAUAAAGCCGUAGGAAUAGCCGGCAAAGCUGCUUAGGACUGUGUUGAAAAUGCUGGGGGAGAAAAAGCAGUUAAUGGUGGCAAGAGACCUUUACACAGACCCCACAUUUCCGGCCAGCGAUACCUCAAUUUUUUUUGAUUAUUGUACCCCGCUUGCCCAGUUCAGAGGCGAGAUAUCUUGGUUGAGACCUAAGGACAUUUGUUCCUCUCCUCGGUUAUUUUCCAACAAUCUGCAGGAUGUGCAAGUAAAACAAGGAAUUUUGGGAGACUGUUGGUUCCUGUGUGCCUGUGUAGCUUUGCAGAAGAGCAAGUAUUUACUGAAUAAGGUGAUCCCUCCAGGUCAGCCCAGCUGGACAGAUGAGUCCUACCAAGGCUGCUUCACCUGCCGGGUCUGGCAGUUUGGCCACUGGGUGGAAGUGACCAUUGAUGAUCGCCUGCCUUGCCUUGGGGGCAAACUCUGCUUUUCCCAGUGUCAGACAGAGGAUUUGUUUUGGCUUCCACUGCUGGAAAAAGCUUAUGCAAAAGUGCAUGGAUCCUAUGAGCAGUUGUGGGCAGGACAGGUGGCAGAUGCUCUGGUUGAUCUGACUGGAGGAAUUGCUGAAAGAUGGACCCUGAAAGACCCUGGAAAAAAUGUGGAGAAAGAGAAGACUGGUGUGGUUUUGGAGAAAGCAGUGUUCAGAAGAUUAAUGAAUCUGAAGGAGCAGUGUGUAAUAAGCUGUUCAGUCCUCAACUCCAGACAAGGUGCAAGUGAGCUAGGAGAAUUUCAUGCCUUUAUUGUGAUAGACACAUUGAAUCUCUCUGAAGUGUCAGGCAAGGAAAUUUUCCUGCUACGAAUAAGAAAUCCUUGGGGGAGACGGUGCUGGAAAGGGCCUUGGUGUGAGGGUGGUCAAGGUUGGAACCAGAUAGAUCCAGUAGUUGCUUCAGAACUUCUCUCACAGAUCCAAGAGGGAGAAUUCUGGGUUGAUGAAGAGGAAUUUUUCAGGGAAUUUGAUGAGAUUACCGUGGGCUUUCCAGUCAAUGAUGAAGGGCAGCUUCAGAGCCUCUAUACAGAGAAAGUGCUGUACCACUCACAGAAUCUCUGUGGAUCCUGGGUGAGAGGCCAGUCUGCAGGCGGCUGCCGCAACAACAGCAGCUUCCCUACCAACCCCAAGUUCUGGCUGAGGGUCUGGGAAUCGAGCGAGGUGUGCAUUGCUCUGCUGCAGAAACACAGGAAAUACAGCACUGACUGGGCUGGAAGGAUCCAAAAUCCAACUGGCUUAGCAGAGGAAUAUCCAUCUUUGACCAAAGGCGUACAGGGAAAGAAUUACCAGGCUGUGGGAUUGCAUGUCUGGAAGGUGGAGAAGAAACGAUUUAACCUUCCAAAGACCCUCUCUGCUCCUCCAGUUGUAGGUACCAUCUGCCAUUCCUACGAUAGAGAAGUCCAUGUGUGCUGUGACCUUUCACCUGGCUUUUAUCUUGUUGUUCCCAGCACUUUUCUGAAAGAUGCAGUAGGGAAUUUCUUGCUUCGUGUAUUUUCAACAGGAAGGAUCUCUCUCAGUGAACUAAAGCCACCACCCUCAGAUGCUGCCCUCUGUGAAGAACUCCCAGCUGGUGAAUGGGAGACAGUGCAGCUGCAUGGAUGCUGGAAGAAUGGGCUAAAUGCUGGAGGUAGCAGGAACUUCCCUUCCUUCCAUACCAAUCCCUGCUUUCCCCUCUCCAUUCCUGCCGGGCCGGGGAAAAGCAGCGUGAAAGUCACCCUCCGGCAGCACUGCCUGGAUAGCAAGUGUUGUCCAAUAGGGUUCCACAUUUUCCAGGUGCCUAACAGCAGCUGGAAACCACAAACUGCUUCUUUUGUCCACUUGGAGCCGCUGGUGAGCUGUGUUCCUCACUGCUAUUCCCAGGAAGUCAGCCGACUUUGCAGGCUCCCUGCAGGAAGUUAUGUCAUUAUCCCUUCUACUUACCUGCCCAAUACAGAAGGAAAUUUUACAGUGGUCAUAGCAACCAAAAUAGACAGGAAGCGCAUUCACAGCCAGGAGACACUUGGACAAGUGUUACAAGAGGUUUCCUUUACAACUGUGAUGAAAAGGUAAUGUGGAAUUCUUGCACUGUCCUUUCAAGAACCAUCAGGAAGCUGAGGAAUGCCUCAUCUCUUGCUCUUCUUGGUUUUAAAUGGAAUAACAAGAUAAUGCUCUUAGCCCAGCUGUUUUUAACUGGUACCAACUGUCAGGCCUGUGAUGGCUUCUUUGUGAAAAAAUACCUCUUUUAAUCAUGAACACUCAAUAUUUGGUCUUCCUACAUUUUUAGAAGGAGCAUUGUACAGCAAACUAUCAUGUACCUCGGUUCUUCAAAAACACAGGUGAAGAAUAUGUGCAUGUUUUAACCCAAGCUACAGUUUUGGAAGAAAACCAGAAAACUUACAUGUAAGGGCAAGCUGGAUGGAGCCCUGAUCACCCUGCUCUUGGGGAAUGUGUCCCUGCCCAUGGCAGGAGGAUUGGAACAAGAUGAUCUCUAAGGUCCCUUCCAACUAGAACCAUUCUAUGAUUGUGUAAUAAUAUUUUAUUGGGAAAAGAAUUCAACCUGCCAGAAUAACUUCAUGUGACCAAGUUACAUGGUGAACACAGAGGAAAAACUGUAGUCUUUUUUUCUGGUAGGAUAUACCUCAAGAACCAUCACAAUACACUGGAGUAGAAAAAGUCCAGAUUUGUAUCUGACACUGCCAGUCCUGCUGCUGAGCACUUUACCUUGAGCCCUCUCUGGAACUAAGCAGAUGGUGGGUUCAAAGGAAAGAUUCUUUUGGUGAGUUUUUCUUUCAUGAAUGCCAGAAAUAAAAAGGACAAGACUUGAAAACUA